AUGGGUGCUAUCAACCAAACGACCGGAGAGGCAGCGCCCUUCCCUUCCCCUACGCAAAAGUGGCACGACAACACGUAUCCUUCGCUCUCGCCAACUCGUCCGGAAUUAUCUGCUCAGGGAAAAACUAUUGCAAUUACGGGCGGUGGCACUGGCAUCGGCGCGGAAACCGCUCGCCAAUUUGCCGCUGCUGGCGCCUCCCGAAUUGGGCUCUUUGGUCGCCGAGAGCAACCUCUGCUCGAUACCAAGAUUGAAAUAGAGAAGAGCUUCGCCGGGAUCGAGGUUUUUAUAGCAUCCACUGAUGUUGCCAGCAAAAAAUCGCUAGAGUCUUCUUUUGCUAAGUUUCUUGGAGACUCAAAGAUCGAUGUCGUUAUCAGCGGCGCUGGGGUGACUGGGCCUCUGGACUCUGCACAAGACGUCGAUGGCCAAGAAUUCAUUCAGGCGGUCAACACGAAUCUAUUAGGUGCACUAUACACGGCACAAGCUUUUGCCAAGUAUGCGGCAAAGGGAGCGGUGGCUGUUAAUGUGUCGUCGUCAGCCGCACAUGUGAACUUUGGCACAGGCUUCGCCUCAUACAAUACCGCCAAGAUUGGCGCAGUGCGCAUCUGGGACUCUUUAGCAGCUGCCAACCCCGAGUUGACUGUUUUUCACAUCCAACCCGGCAUCAUCGAUACUGAUAUGAACAAACAAGCUGGCGGCACCAAGGCAGUUGGCUUCGAAGACCAUGUCUCCCUCCCUGCGACUUUUAGCGUUUGGCUGGCAAGCCCAGAGGCGCACUUCCUGAACAGAAAAUUCCUGUGGGCAAACUGGGAUGUAGAUGAGCUCAAGGCACGAGCCGAGGAGAUCCGUAAUGGCCCAAUGUUUGACUUGACAUUGGUCGGCUGGCCGUUUGAAGCGAGCAACAACUAUGCGGCCCCAUGGAAAGCCGCGCGAUAG